GGAGUUGUUGGUUCAUGGAUGGAUGACCCUGCUGCUCCCAGUUUCAGCUGUCAGCUGCGCUCGCGCUCCGUUUCUGACUUUCCCACUCUGUCCCCGGUACCAUGGCGUCCAGCGAGGAGGACGGCUCGGUUGAGGAAAAGGAAAACAACAACAAGAAGAGAUCAAAAAGUGCCUUUGUUACUGCAUGGCUUACAUUUUAUAACAUUGCCAUGACGGCCGGGUGGCUGGUGUUGGCAAUAGCGAUGCUUCGGUUUUACUUACAGAGAGGGACACACAUAGGUCUGUACAGAAGUAUAUCAAGGACACUGAAGUUUUUCCAGACAGUUGCAUUAGUUGAGGUUAUCCACUGUGCAGUUGGAAUGGUGCGCACCUCUGUGAUCGUGACUGGGGUCCAAGUGUGUUCAAGAAUAUUCAUGGUUUGGUUUGUUACUAACAGCAUUAAGCAGAUCCAGAAUGAAGAAAGCGUUGUCCUUUUCCUGGUCGUGUGGACGGUGACAGAGAUAACCAGAUAUUCCUUCUAUACAUUCAAUCUCCUCAAGCACCUGCCAUAUUUCAUCAAAUGGGCCAGGUACAACAUGUUUAUUGUCAUGUACCCCCUUGGAGUGGCUGGUGAACUCAUGACCAUUUACACGGCGCUACCGUACGUUCGCAGGUCCGGAAUGUUCUCAAUGAGGCUCCCCAACAAAUAUAACGUCUCUUUUGACUACUACAUUUUCCUCAUCAUUGUCAUGCUCUCUUACAUCCCACUGUUUCCACAGUUAUAUUUCCAUAUGCUUCGUCAAAGGAGAAAGGUGCUUCACGGGGAAGUGAUAGUUGAGAAGGACGAGUAGAACGACCACAUAGCCUGCCUGUCUGGCUUUCCCUCAAACGGAAAGACUGUGCAGCCAACCAACCCACCCGCCCACCUGCCCAGCCUUCGCCAAGCAUACUCUCUCACAGAGAUAUACAGGUACUCUCACAGACCAGGAAUUAGGAGCUACGUGUGAAACACUUUGGGGUCUUUUACUGCUGCAGAAUGCCCAGAGUGCUCGAAAUGGUCAGACUUAAUGCCCACAUACUGUUUAUUGGUAUAAGAAAGAAAUAAAUAAUUGUAACAUUACAUCUUGCUGUACUUUAUUUUUUAACAGGAAAUGUUACGUGCUUGUGGCGCAUUAAGCUUUUGUAUUCACAAUGUUACAAGAAUUUUAAAAAAAUGUAAAAGUUGUUGUAUUAAAGUCUAACAGCAUUCUAUACAGACCACCCAUUGUGCACAGACUAUUUUGCAUUUACGAUCAAACAAAAUUGAAAAUAUUCAAUCUGCACGUAUACUGAUAAAAAUGCUUCAUUGGAUAAACUUAAAAUUUUACUUAAAUUUGUUACACCUAUAUUUUCUAGGUUUUCUCAAUUGAAAAUAUUUAGGUUCAUUCAAAUGGAUCUAAAAAUUUUCAAUUGAGUAAACUUGAGUAAAAAAUGUCAGUGUUACAAACUGAAGUAAAAAAAUGUGGUUUCUUCAAUAUCAUUUUUUUUCAGUGUAUCAUAUCCAGUAAUGCCAAACUUCAGUAAAAUGUUAGUUAUAUGUACUGUACCUGCGUUUUGCAAAUGUAAUGUUAAGCAGUCAGUUUCAUGAGUUUAGAACAUGCAAUAUAUAAUCUAGGGAAAAAAACAAAAAAAAAAUUAGAUAGCCAUCUGUAAAUUACACCAUUUUAUUGUGCAAUAGUUGAAAUUAGAUCUACAUCAGUAACGAUUGUAUGCCAGUGAUACAUUGACAAGAAAUGCUUAAGUACAGGUAGAUUCUGACAUUUACUACA